CAAGAAAAUUUAAAUGGCGUCAGGUGGUGUCAUUGUUAAUUGUGCUGUUGUUUUGAAAUUGAUAGUUAUUCAUUUAUGCACAAUCACGAAAACUUAAUAUUUAAAACAUCCAUUGUUUUCGAAGAACGCAUCCUGUGGCGAGUCACUUUCUUCGACGAGCCUUGGAAAUACUUGGUAGGGCCUAUGACUUGGCCAGCCACCUUCACACAAUGCAAAAUUACUAGUAUUUGAGGAACAUUACUGUGGAAAUAUUUAGUGGUCUAACAGUUUCAGUACAGCAAAAAAUGGGCGGGUUUCUCUCAAAACUGAAGAGGAAGAAGGCUGCUCUUGAGAUUUUGGAGAGUCUGGAAAAUAGGAUUAAAUCAAUUGAAGAAAAUCGACUGCAUACAGAACAGAGGCAACGAAAGAUUGUGGGCCACCUGAUCCUUUAUUCAGUUGUUGUAUAUAUUAUUGCUGCAGCGAUCUUUUACUUUCUGUGUUUUCCUGCGUCACUGCAAGAUCAACUGUUUUACAUUACGCCAUUACUUGUAUUUCCCAUCAUAGUUGUUAUUGUCAAACGCCUAGUGACAUGGUAUUACAGACGCAAAUUGACCCGCAACCAGGAGAAACUGCAUGACAUGAGGGAAGAGAAAAAAAAACUUUUAGAGGAUGUAAUGGACAAGGAGACAUACAAAGUUGCCAAAGAGAUUUUGGAAAAGUUUGCUCCAGACCAUUUAAGGAAGUCAUCCAGUAUGGGCAUGCCAACAAGACUGAGUGGAUCUCCAGACCUGUCUGUCAGUAAGAAAUCUACCUCAUCUGUAUUUGAAACUAGUUCUUCACAGUCAUUAUUACGUCCAGCCAUCACUACUGCUAGUUCUGGUGUCAGUCUUACUCCAGGGACUGAAGUAAGGAGACGAUCACUGAAGCAACCUCCAGGACCUGCAUGGCCACCAGUACCAAGGGACUUGUCUGUGUCUGUCACAUCAAGCCAAACAAAUGGACAAGGCUUUGUUCAGCGUCCUGUUUUUCCCAUGCCUCGGCCCAUUCUGCCAAGGGAUCGUAGCUAUCUUGAUAAGCUGGUGGAGUACUUAGUUGGUGAUGGACCCAGUAAUCGUUACGCAUUGAUCUGCAAACAGUGCGAGUCUCACAACGGCAUGGCCCUUAAGGAGGAGUUUGAAUACUUUGCCUUCCGUUGUUGUUACUGCUUCUAUUGGAAUCCAGCACGAAAGCAGCGACCACAAGCACCUAGGCUUCCAUCAAGUGCUGAAAGAUUCGAUCUACCUGGGCACACAUCUGCCUCGGAGCUGGAAAGUGCCUCGGACACAGAAGAAGAAUCUAGUAAUGAGCAACCAUUUGAUUUGGAGUCAACAACAAAGGCGGGUGAAAUAAAAAUCUCAGAAGUUGUAUCUAGUAAUGAGCAACCAUUUGACUUGGAGUCAACAACAAAGGAGGGUGAAAUAAAAAUCUCAGAAGUUGCUACAGCACCAAAUCUCUUGCAGGUGCCAGAACAUGAUGAAUCAUCAAGCACCGAGAGCACAAGUAGUGAACUAUCAGAGGAAAAACCUUUUUUGCUGGUGUCCAUCUAAAUCAUUCAUUUAAAAACCAAAAUCAGUACAGGGAUUAAUUAAAUGGUGAGAUCUUUCUCUUUAGAAAUAUUUUAUUCUAAUGAAUAAUGAGCAAAAGUUUCAUUCUCGUUAAAAUAGAAAUUUAACUUUGAUUCAUGUCAGUGAAAAUGGAGACUUAUUAUAUUUGAAAUAUGCUUUUAUAUUUAAAAAAAUUGUCAUGUUAACAUUAAUCUGAUGUGCCAUUUUUUCCAAUUCAAAGUGUAAAAAAUCAUAACUUUCUUUACUUGUAUUAAUAUGCAAAUAAUUUUGUAAGACAGAAAGGCAUUUACAACUAAAUUAAGAUGCAUAUUCUGUUGAAUCGGUAGUGGAAUUAGUGUCUCCAGCUUAAAUAUUGUAAGAUUCUGAAAUUAAUCUUCAUUAAGAUUGUAACAGUACUAUUGCAAUAUUAUUAACAGGCAAUAUGUGCAGUUUAGUCAUUUAAGGUGUACUUCAGGUCUAAUCUGUAUUUAAGUGUUUUGAAGUCAUUCUGGAGACUAUAAAAUUCUAAUUUAAAGUUA